AUGAAGAGUACUUUCCUUUCGUUUUUGGGUGUGGCAAUGACCAUGGCAACCAUGGCAUUGGCCACGAAUGUGCGUGACACUCGUGGCAGCAUUUCGGUGCGUCACGGUGGGAGCAAGCGCAGCGGCAUCAGCUCUGAGGAUCUGGAGCAGAUGGGUGACCAGAUGGCUGCGCGCGCUAAUUUGAACCUGCGAUUCAACUAUGGCCGGGAUAUGGUCCGUGGUGUUGGCAUUGGUGGCUGGCUUGUCAUUGAGAAUUUCAUCACGCCAUCAAUCUACGAAAAAGCUGGUGAUGACCGCGUGAUUGACGAGUGGUCGUUUGGCAAGUAUGUGCCGGAAGAGAAGGCCAAAAAGAUCUUGAAGGAUCACUACGACAACUUUAUCACCGAAGAGGACUUUAAGGAGAUCGCCUCUUACGGUCUGAACCAUGUGCGUGUCUCUUUCCCGUACUGGGGUAUUCGUACGUGGGGUGACGAGCCGUACGUAACGCUGAACCAGUACGACAAGCUCAAAGAGGCUGCGCACUGGGCGGAAAAGUACAACCUCAAGAUGAUCAUUGAGCUUCACACGGUGCCAGGUGGUGCUAACCCCUAUGACCACGGAGGCCACAAGGACCACUUUAACUGGCUCAAUGAGCAAAAAUACGAGGACCGCUGGCUCGAGAUCCUUGACGAGCUGGUGUCAGAGUUUAGCCAGAGCAAGUACCCUGCUGUAUCGGGUAUUUCGAUGGUGAACGAGCCGAAUGGUGACGUGAACCAGGUUUACGGGCGAUACAAGAAGGGCUAUAACACCGUACGCAACAGUGAGAGCGACUCUGACCUCAUCAUUCUGCUUGGCGACGUGUUUUUGAAUCCUGCUGAAAACGACUAUUGGCACUCGCGCUUCCAGCCGCCCAAGUACCAGAAUGUGAUGACUGACACGCAUGUGUACCGCAUGUUUGAUCCGAACUCGAUUAAAUUGUCGCCCGAAGAUCGCAUCCAAUCUUACUGUAACAUGAAGUCUGGCUUUGCAGAGGCGAACAAGCAUCUUUGGGCCCUGGUGGGUGAAUGGUCGCCGGCUGUGAAUGACUGUGCCCCUGGUCUGAAUGGUCGCUUCGAGGGCGCGCGGUACGACGGGUCGUUUGGAGACUCGAAUUAUAUUGGAAGCUGCAAGGGCAAGACGGGUAAUGCGAAACAUUUCUCUGAAAGCUACAAGCGGCUUUUGAAAAAGAGCUGGGAGGCACAGGUCGACACGUACGAGGCCGGCUCCGGCUGGAUCAUGUGGACGUGGCGCACUGAGCACCACAAUGCAGAUGACUGGAGCUACCGUCAAGGUGUGCGUCACGGCUGGAUCCCCAAGGAUCCGACGCAGCGCGAUUUCAAGUGCUGA